UCGCUGAAGAUCGCGCAGGGCGUGUCCGGGACGGUGAGGGACAAGGGGUCGGUUCGGCGCAACGUGCCCUUCCUCAUGCAGGCCGUGCGGCAGGGGUUCCAGGACUUUGGGGCGCGGUCCGUGGCCGCCGCGCACGCCGCGCUCGCCGCGGGGGAGCUGCGCCUGCGCGACCGGACCGGGGCGGCGCUGGUCGAGGGCGGCAUCCACGACAUGCACUCCUACACCAAGCAGGCGUGGUGA